AUGUCCAAGCACGUCUUGCCGCGCGCUUUAUCUGUGAGGACGAAAGCUGGGGGCCAACCUCCCGAGUCGAUCAAGGUCAUAUAUUACAACUACGAGCUUGACUUUGCCGAAAUCGAGACGCUUCGUCCUGUGAAUCACUAUGCCCUGAUGAGCAGUUCGUGUGCGACUCGGCUGCAGCUUUGCCGGUCAUUGAACAUUGAGCAUUCUCACGCAACCUUUUGCUCUCGAUAG